UGACUUUAGUUUGUGAAAAUUACGUUUCGGUUUCGGUAUUGUGUAUGUCGGGUAAUAUCUCUGAGUUUAAAAACAUGAACCAUCGCUACAGGAUUCUAGUGUUUAUCCUUUUGUUUUAUUCAAAUAAUUGCAGUCAAUGUGAUGCCACGCCCCUCAGUGAUCGAAGUCGAGAGUUUUCGAAACUUGAACAGAAACAGAGUUUAGUGAUAGAAUCUAUCGAAGAUUUCAAGAGAGAUUUUUUCAAACUUAUACAUUUAGCGACGGUGAAUUUAAAAGGUGCAAUAAUCUCAAAAAUCGAUAGUAAUAGAAAUCGAAAUAACGGUUAUAAUGAUACAACUGGCGAGAUUGAAAGUAACGAAGACGAUACCGAUUGGAGUGGCUUUGACGAGAGCGUGACGAGGGAUAUUUUAAAUGAAUAUAUUUUAAAACUGCUGUCAAGUGAAGGAGGCCUUUGCAUGAUGGAUGGCCUGAAAGAACACAUGCAAACCUGGGCUCAUACAAAUGGGAGUUUAGUAGUUUCAAAUUUAAAAGGAUAUUCAAAAUUGUUUAUAGACAAAUCCCAUCGAACACGAAGCUCAGACGAAUUACUUGAAGCAGAAGUUACAUUUGAAUGCGACAACAACCUUGACUAUAUCGUUGCGUUUUCGGCGGCUUACAAUGAUUUAAAAAAUGCACCCUACAAAACUCUUCAAAGAAUUGGCCAAAAGUUGCAAUAUCUUACGUUGAAGGGAAACAAUUUUUCAUCUAACAUACCCAGUGGGGAUAAAUUCAAAAAUGAAAUGAGCAUUGCAUGGUCCACCUUUCCCAAGCUGAAUGCUCUUAGGGAAUUAGAUAUCAGCUACUGCAAGAUUGAGUUUAUUUCAUCGCAUGUCUUUGAAAACUUAACUAAACUGACGGCACUCUACAUCUCAAAUAAUAAGAUUUUGAGAGUUCCAUCGCAAGCGUUUUCCUUUGUUCGAAACAUUCACUAUCUAGAUCUAUCGAAUCAAAAUGCCUUAGACAUAGACUUUAAGAUUCCCAUACCACCUCUUGAACAAAUAAUUAACCUCCUUGUUGGCGUAAGGAUUGAACAACAUGCCUUCAAGACACUCACGAAGCUCGUCUACCUAGACCUGUCGUUUACGAAACUCACCAAAACUAGCGGAGCAGCUUUCGGCUACUUACCAAAGAGCCUCAAAUAUAUAAGUCUCUGUUAUACGUCGUUUCCUGUUUUACCAGCAACCUCGUUUCGAAAUACAAAACUUUUAGGACUUGACAUGUCGGGAAACUCUUUUACAGUUUACUCCUUGGCUGAGGAGUCCUUUGCGAUGGUGGCAAAGUCCUUAAGGAUACUUUUGUUCGACGAGGCAAAUAUAAAAGACCUCAGGUGGUUGAAGAAGCUCAGUCGUCUUGAAGUACUGAGCUUAGCUAAGAACAACAUUGACAAUGCAGGCGUAGAUACAUUGGCGCACAUUCUAAAAAACCUUAAAAUCCUUGAUUUGAGCUCUAAUCACGUUGGAAACUGGUAUAAUAGCAUAUUUACAAACAACACUAAGCUUGAAGUUUUGAAUCUUCGCAACAACAACAUCAAUAUUCUCACAUCGGAAAUGAUGAAAGAUUUUCAAGGCUUACACUAUCUUGGCAUUGGGGACAAUGACUUUGUUUGUGAUUGUGUUCUUCGAGACUUUGUGGAUAUUGCGAUUGCAAAUAACAAAAAGACCGAUUGCUUGAAUAAUGUUCUUGAGAACACUCAAGAGGCGUUUGAUUCGAAAUUUAGAGUUCUGGAAAUUCCGCACUUGGAUGAGAGCUUUUCAAAUACCUCUGUCGCUUAUGCAGCAGCAAUUUCAAAAUACAAACCAAUGAUCAAAGAAAGUUACGAAAACAUUCGCAAAGUAGGAAACGGAUACUCGCAUAAACUUUUCAAUUUCCAUGUAAUCACGAAGUAUUUCAAGAACUUGAGCACCAAUCCUUGUCCGAAUCCGAGUCAAAUUAUUCUCUACGACAAAAUCAAUGGUUCGACGAUGAAGUUCCAAUUGCUCGACUAUGAGGACAUCCAUUAUUGGUGCUUCAAUGAGACCGAGAAGAUGGCGUUUUUCCAGCUGGACUGCCAGCCGAGAUCCUUUGAUGACAUCAUUAUCCAGAGUAUUCAAAAUGCUACAAAGUAUGUGGUGAUUGUGUCGUGUAUUGUUGUCUUCAUUGCAACUGUUACAAUAGUAGUCUACCUGAAGCGCUGGCACAUUCAUUACUAUUGGUCGUCCUUGAAGUCAGCCGCCUUAUUGUCACUUGCCGCUAAGGAGAAAAGUGAAAGCUUGUAUAGUUUAUCGGAGUCGGAAUCGAACGCUAUGUACGACAUAUUCAUAAGCUAUUGCCAGAACGAUAGACCGUGGGUUUUGGAGGAGUUGAUGCCGAACAUCGAAAUCGCAGGAGAUCUUUCUAUUUGCAUGCAUGAAAGAGACUUUGAGGUUGGAGUUCCAAUUCUCGACAACAUAAUAUCGUGCAUGGAUCGAUCGAGAUGCCUAAUGCUUCUUAUAUCAACAAAUUUCCUUCUUAGUCAUUGGUGUCAAUUUGAAAUGCGAUUGGCUCAGCAUCGAAUGUUUGAAGCCAGCAAAGAGCACGUUAUCCUUGUAUUUCUGGAGGACAUUCCCAAGCACAAGCGUCCCAAGACUCUUCAAUACCUCAUGGACGUUAAAACAUACAUCAAAUGGCCAUCCGGAUCGUCGCCCAACUCCAAGUUGGAUGAAAAGAAAUUAUUCUGGAAACGCCUCCGAAGAUCGAUAAGCAAUAUCUAAAAAGGUCAACACCGUGCCCAAAGACUUCACAAUGUACCUGAUAGUUAGAGUUUUCGGCAUUAGUCAUUAAAAAAAAACUCUCCUUUUUGUUUUCUCUUAAGUAACUUAAAUUAAUUUAUUCUAUUUUUCAUUAAAAACA